AUGAAGGAAGCAAUUGUGAAAGGGUUAGUGUUGCAAGCUGAGGAUUUUAAGACAUCUGGGUUCGAUUCGAGGGAUGCCCAGGUGUGUAAGUUGGUGGUGUAUGAAUUCGAUGUUGAGAUUGAUAAUAAAGUGAUGCCGUUGAAGUUGUUGGAGGAUGUGAACAGAUGGGAAUACGUGGAUUUUACCAUUUUCCAAACUGAGCACCCUGUUCGACCCGGUGACGAACAUGGGCUGCUACCAAGAAGUUGUGGCAGCUCAGUCGACAUCAUAUUCGUACAUUGCUUGGAGCAGAUGGUCCUAAAGACAGAAGUUGAACCAAUCACUGCAGCUCUCUACGAUUUCAGUGGAGGAGAAGUUAAGCCUGUAGGCGAGUGGUUAUUCUCCAUUCAUUGGAGUUAUUAG